UGACCGGUGUGUUGAUUCAUGACCCUUAAACCUCCGGACUGAAAUUCUAAACCCUUACUUACAGCAAAAAGAAAAUGUUGGAGAGCAGAUUGAUUAAGAUUAUAAGGAGGAGCAGGAGCAAAUCCAUCAAUCAGCUAACAUCUUCCUUUUCAUCUCACCCCAGAUCCACAAAUGUUCACACUCGCUUCUCUUCACAUACUUAUAUUGCAAACCCCACCGCCAGAAUCUGUUUCAUCAAUGCCUUUCACAAUCUCAACAAGGGUUACUGUAAGCCGUCUUUUAAGUGUAUGUCAACUGUGGCUGCGACCGCUUGCAAGGAAAAUAAGGAGACAGUGAAGCAUCUUGUUACAGCUGGAGCUCAUGCUCAAAAGGCGAUAGGAAUAUGGUUAUUUGCAUCGGCUGCAUGGGUCUUUAGUAUGGUUAUUCUUGGUGGAGUCACACGACUUACUCGAUCUGGUCUUUCAAUGACUGACUGGAAAUUCACUGGCAGUCUUCCUCCUCUUUCGGAUGAAGAUUGGUUGAUUGAAUUUGAGAAAUAUAAACAAUCCCCUGAGUUCAAGCGUGUGAACAGAGGAAUGAAUAUUGAUGAUUUUAAGUUCAUAUAUUGGAUGGAAUAUGCACAUCGUAUGUGGGGAAGGGCACUAGGGGUAAUGUUUGCUCUCCCAUUUUCAUAUUUUAUUCGAAAAGGUUAUAUCAAUUUACGCCUUGGAGUUAGACUGGCGGCUCUAUUUGCUCUUGGUGGUGGCCAAGGCUUGAUUGGUUGGUGGAUGGUUAAAAGCGGCUUAGAAGAGCCACCCUCAGAAUACUCUCAACCAAGAGUAAGCCCAUAUCGUCUAGCUGCUCAUCUGACAUCAGCUUUUGCUAUAUAUUGUGGACUCUUUUGGACUGCUCUUACUGUUGUCAUGCCUGAACCUCCAACCGAGUCAAUAGCUUGGGUCAAAGGGGCUGCAAAAGUCAAACGGUUUGCUCUUCCGGUUGGCAUCCUUGUUGGCAUAACUGCAAUCUCAGGAGCCUUUGUUGCAGGAAAUGAUGCAGGACAUGCAUUUAAUACAUUUCCAAAGAUGGGUGAUUCAUGGAUCCCAGAGGAUGUUUUGAGUAUGAAGCCACUUAUCCGCAACUUCUUUGAGAACACAGCAACUGUGCAGCUUGAUCAUCGGAUACUUGCAACCGCAACCCUAGCAUCAAUCAGUGCUUUAUGGUGGUCAACAAGAAAACUUGAUCUACAUCCUGCUAUCCGUUCUUUGAUUGGAAGCACCAUGGGAAUGGCUGCUCUCCAGGUUACUUUAGGCGUUUCAACUCUUCUAUCUUAUGUGCCGGUUUCACUUGGCACGGCCCACCAAGCGGGGGCGUUGACUCUUUUAACUUUUAUGCUUCUUCUUAAUCACACCUUGCGCCGACCGUCAUCCAUGCUUCUAAAAUCACUGCCUGCAGUCACGAAGACAGUUUAACUAGCAACGAUUACUGAGCAGAUUGUUUUUUAGAGAUUUUCCAUAAGCUAUUCAUUUGCUGGUGUAAACGUACUAUGACAGGCAUUGUUAUUAUUUCUUCUUGCCAUUUGCUGUUUACACAUGUAUGGUGUCAAGAGUUGCAGCCCUGGAAGGCUGGAAUAGAAAUACUAUAUAUACUUGUGACUUCUGGUC